AUGAAGCUUGCUUACACUAUCUUCACACUGCUUGUUCUAGCAUCGAAACUGCUCGGGCAACCUAUCUCCGAAGGCAGCUCUCAGCAAGACUCUCAUCCCGCUGCAAGCUCAGAAAGCCCACGCCAGGAGAUCGACCCAAACACCGGCGUCGACGACGUGAUUGCCAUCCUUCUUCAGGUCGGCGUCGAUGUCAUCACUCUUGAGAAGACCAUCUCAGCGCUUCAACUUACGAAGGACAGCAUCCCUCUCCUCCAAUCCCAGACUCGGGCCACCACCAACUCCCUCGAUACAUUGAUCGCUCAGACACUCCUGCUAGGCUACUUGGAGCCUAUCGAGAGCACCCAAGCGACUGCAAGCGCUGUCAUCUUGAAGCCUACCUAUACUCAUCUGCUGGAGGUGAUUUCGGAACAGAGACCCACUAUCUGCGCCAUGCAGUAUUGCAAGUAA